CGUGCUCCUGUUUCUCGCUUGAAGGCAAUGAACAAAGGAGGAUCUCCUGCGUGUCUCCACCACCGAUUAAAAGCUGCGCACAUGUCUUUAGUCAUGGAGUGCACAUUCGCAAAAAAAAACACUUCUGGAGAAGGUUUUACGCGUGAUCGUAUUGAACGCUGAAUCGCUUCAGUGGAAUCUGGACUCUCUCUCCUUUUUCCCUCCCUCUGUCCCCUUUUUCUUCGUUUUUCUCCCUCUCUUGCAUUGGGGUUUUUUUUUUUUUUGGUCAGCCAGGCACUGGAUGAUUUUACCUGGGCAUAAUGGACUUAAACGCUGUUGGUGCGUAAAAAUCUUGGCACUGCCAAUCUUGGACGGCUGGAACAAGCUUUUUUUUUUCUCCACUUGGAUCCAAUUUGGACUUUUUUCCCCCCUGUUUGAUUGCAUGAUAAUCAGAGUGAUUUCAGCAUGCUAAAGCUGCUGUGUGCACAAGUUUUCCUUUGGAGUUUGGCCAAGGCGCAGCUGGUGGAUCCCGAGGUGGGACUCACUGCACAAGAACAGGUCCUUCUCCUAUACGACAUCAAACUGCAGUGUCUCCAGAACAUUUCCGAGCAUGAUCCUGAAGAUGACGUGUGCCCCCCUGGAUGGGACGGACUCAUCUGCUGGCCUCAGGGUUCUUCAGGGACUCUCACCAAAGUGCCAUGUCCUGGGUACAUCUACGAUUUCAAUCACAACGGCUAUGCCUACCGUAAGUGUGAUGGGAAUGGAACCUGGUUCGCACUGGAGAACAGAACCUGGGUAAACUACUCGGAAUGCAUGUGGUUUCUGACACCGGGAAAGGAACGAGGCAAGAAGGACUUUUUUGAGAGACUGCACAUCAUGUACACUGUGGGCUACGCUGUGUCCUUCAGCUCUUUGCUGGUAGCCAUUUUUAUCAUCGGCUACUUCAGGCGGCUUCACUGCACCCGAAACUACAUUCACAUGCACCUGUUUGUAUCCUUUAUGCUGCGUGCUGUCAGCAUUUUCGUGAAGGACCUGGUGGUGGAUGCCAAUGGCGGCAUGCAGCAGUAUGACGCGGUGCUCAUGGACAACAACGCGGUUUCCAUUAGCCCUAUGGACAAGACUCAGUAUGUUGGCUGUAAGAUCACGGUGCUGUUGUUCAUCUACUUCCUUGCCACAAACUACUAUUGGAUCCUGGUUGAAGGACUUUACUUGCACAGUCUGAUUUUCAUGGCUUUCUUCUCCGACUCCAAGUACCUCUGGGGCUUUACACUUAUAGGAUGGGGCGUCCCUGCCCUCUUUGUGUCGGCGUGGGCUGUUGUCAGGGCCAUUUUGGCAGAUGCACGGUGCUGGGAACUGAGUGCCGGCAAUAUUAAGUGGAUUUACCAAGUCCCUAUUCUGACAGCAAUCGGACUGAACUUUAUUCUGUUUGUGAAUAUUGUGCGCGUUCUGGCCACCAAGAUCCGAGAGACGAAUGCCGGCAGAUACGACACUCGCAAGCAAUACAGGAAACUGGCAAAGUCCACACUAGUGUUGGUGUUGGUGUUCGGGGUGCACUACAUUGCGUUCGUGGGGAUGCCCCACACUUUUACUGGUGUGGGCUGGGAGCUGCGCAUGUACUGUGAGCUAUUCUUCAACUCUUUUCAGGGAUUUUUCGUGUCCAUCAUUUACUGCUUCUGCAAUGGGGAGGUCCAGACAGAGAUAAGAAAGACGUGGCAGCGCUGGACAUUAGCGUUCGACUGGAAGGGUCCGGUUGUGCUGGUUAAUUAUCGCUACCGUUCGGUGCUGACUAGCGUCAACAGCAACAGCAGUGUUCAAUCCCAGGUCCCGGCCAUACUGACCAACCGAGUGUAUCGCUCAUCCCGACGGACCAGCAGCGAUUGCAUCUCGCACAGCAUGCGCACACACUCGCAUCUCACCCUGCCCGGCUAUGUCUUUAGCAACUCGGAUGCCGAAAGCUUCCCUCCGUCCAUCCCGGAGGAAAACGAGGACGACGCGAAACACCUCGACGACAUCACGCUCCGGGAAAGCACAAGAGGCUUUCCGAGAGACGGUUCCAAACCCAUCAUUCUAGAAGGUGACGGCAAGCACAUCGACGGAAUCGGAGAAGAUCGGGCGUUCGUCGCUGUUGCUUUCGGAGAGAAUUCCGCCUGCGAUGUGGACGUCACAUUGAAGGACUCGGUGCGCUACAGCAGUUUGGCCCAGGAGGAAGAAGUGGAACUAUAGGAGGAAAAUCGGCGACUGUGUUAGUGCCGUUUGCCUCACACACUUGUAUUCAACGUUAUGGCUUGUUUAUUUAUCAGGUAAUGUACUGCAAAACACCAAUGGAGGGAGUGCUAUUAGAUGUUUCAGGAGGAUCCAGAUUCCGAAUUUAUUCAGAGACCUUUUCUAAGUGAACCAAAUUACCUUAAUACUUUAUAUUUGUGACUUGGGAAUAUGCAAAGACAAUCUGGAAAAAAAAUCAUACUAGUGAAAUGGCAACAAUGAGGUAAACUGUGCACAACCAAACGUACAGUAAGUUCAUAGAGUUGCUGCAAACAAAUAUGAAAUACACUAAACUAUAUGGACAAAAGCAUUGUGACACCUGACCUUUCCAGCCAUAUGUGGUUUUUCUCCAAACUUUUAUCACAAUGUUGUCGGUAGACAAUAGUAUUAUCUUUAGCAUGAAAUAUUGUCUUCACUUGAACGAGAAGACCCAAACCUAUAUGCCAAUCCAAAUGCCCCCAUACACAAGGCCAGCUCAAGAAAGAUAUGGUUUACAUAGUUUGGAGUGGAAGAUCUUAAGAGGCCUGCUAUAGACCUCCAACCUUAAUGAACAAGAUGAACUCAAACUCUGACUGCACCCUAGGCCUCCUCACCUCACCUACAUCAUCACCGGACUUUCCUAACGCCCUUGUGUCUGAAUAAGGAUGAAUCCCCACAAGCACACUCCACAAUCUAGCAGAACAUCUUCCAAAAAGAGUGCAGGAUAUUAGAACAGCCAAUAGGACUAAUAUAUAUAUGGGAUGUUCAUAGGGCACACACCAAUCCUAUGGUCAGGUGUCUGGAAAUGUGUUGCCCAUAUAGGGGUAAAGAAUGAAAUUCAUGAUAGUAAAAGCACCAAAUGCUGUAUAAAAUAAAAUCAUGACGGCAUGAACUUUGUAUCCAGAUUCCGCCUGCACACUCUAUUGCUCGAACAUUGACAGUCCAAUUUUGCAUGGAAUUUUUUUUUUAUUUGGUAGAUUUUUCCCGGACUGCCUUCCAGGCUAGCCUUGGAAAGAAAAUGUCACCGACUAACUAACUUGAAAGCAUAGCAAGCCAAACUGUAGUCAAGCUACUAUUAGCUAGCAAGCAGUUAGUGAUAGUGGGGAAAGCCUGUACCACUAUUGUGCUAGUUUGGGAAUAGUUUGAGAGAGAGAGAGAGAGAGAGAGAGAGAGAGAGAGAGUUAGCUCUUGUAGCUGUAAUUAAUAAGGGGUGCCAACUGUGUUAGUGUGAUUAGCCAAAUCUCAAGUCAUGAUAUUUAAUUACUGUACAAGAAUGCCUGUUCAGGGAUUAGCUAGCUAUGUAAUGUUAGCUAUAGUUCAAUGUAGCUAACGUUAGCUAGCAAGGAGUGAAUGAUGUGUAUCUGUGGAGUUCCUCAUUCUUAGUUUGUUGAUUCGAAUAAAAUGUACAUUCUGCCCUUAGCUUGCUAGCUAUAUAGCACAGUACCCUCUAAACAGUGCCCAAAACUACAUACAUCUAAAUUAUGUCUCAAUGACUUCUAAUAAGACAUUGAUUUAUUUUGGACCCUACAUAAAUUGUGAUACCCUAGACCCUACAUGAUUGUCUCACCGAUAAUGAAACACCAUCGACAACUGUAUGAUGAGCGCUAUGCAGCCGUCGGCAGUCCGGCAAAACUAUAUACGUUUAAUGCGCACAAAAAAUAAUUCAUAAAUUGUGUUUAAAAAAAACUGUUUUUUGCUUUUGGUUCCUGUUCAAAUAGAACCAAUUUGCUGUUUUGCACAAAAGUAAGCGCAUGACCCCUCUCAGACAAACCUGGGAUUUGUAUACACCAACAUAUUUUAUGUAGAGAAUGUGAAUUAAGGUUCUGUAUUAUGGCGUGCUUUGUUUAUUAAAAAGUGAUUAAGUUGCAAUACGAUGCUAAUGACUUUUCUACUCAAGGUGUCAUGUGUGUGGCUGUUUAUCCUGUUUCAUGGCCGAAUUCUGGCGUUUUUUUAGUAUGUUUGGGAUCUAUAGUGUAGUGACCCCGGUGUCGAUAAUAUAUGAUAAUCCUUAUAUACAGUACGCUCACUGCCCAAUGUAUAAGGUAGUGUACAUCCACUGCAUCAGUUUCCAGAUCUGGGCUGACACAAUGGCAGCCUACACUGUCGCAGCCCAUUCACCUCAAGGUUCAGUGAGUUACUGUAGACCUCCUGUAAACUCAAACCAGUCUGACUGAUUCUUCCCUGACCUCUCCCAACAAGGCAAUUCUGUCCCAGAACCUUUUUUCGAUGUGGACGAAUAUGGAAUGCUUUAUGC